CGAACACUUCAGACUAAAACUAAUUCCUCACGGGAAUAUAUUUGGUGACACUUCUCUCCAUACAAGCGUUCAUUUGAUGGGUCAUAGAGACGAGUGUUCCGCCAGGGAUAGUGGAUCACGGCAACAGAGGCGUCGGCUGCCCCCGUUUCCGCAAAUAUACGGACUCUGCCUGUGGCUUGUCCAGCUCCGUGGGUCCGCCGCUAGCUCAAGUUCCCAGCAUGAAUUACCCGCUUUUCUAAUCACUGCAGCAGGUCGACGGGAUCUUAGGCGUCUGCCGUUCCCGUACACACCGUCGGUUGGUCGAUCGACGCUACCACCUACCGGUACGUUUUGGACGACCGGCAAUCUGUAUACGUCUGGUAGCAGCGAUACUGGGACGACUCCAGCAACGCCUGGUUACGAUAGUAGCCGUCGCAACCGCUUCGGUCCUGAUGUGGAAGAAAUAUUGAGCGACGGCAGUUUGUCUGCCGAGUCGUUCGAGUCUCGCUACGCGGCGGUAUUACCUUCCUGGUUAAUUCAAAAGUGUGCCGAGUGCGGCUGGACGCAUCCAUCGCGCAUUCAGGAAAAGGCACUGGAUGCCAUUUUGUUCGAACGAAGAGAUGCUGUCGUUCAAGCCGAAACGGGUAGUGGAAAAACGCUCGCGUAUCUGUUGCCCGCGUUGGCGUCGAUCGACGGCAGUCGAGCGGCCGUCCAAGCGCUCAUUGUGGUUCCGACGCGGGAACUUGGACUCCAAGUGGCCCGGGUGGCCAAGCGUCUCGCCGCCGCGUCCACCCAGAACGACAACGUUACACUAAACGGCGGUCGGAUCAUGGUCAUGAGCGUCUUGCAAGGCAGUCAGAAUCGACGACAGCGAGCCUGGGCGUGGGCCGAGCCACCGCAUUUGGUAAUCGGCACUCCCCAGGAACUAUGUGAUAUGGUCAAACUGGGCGGCAUCAAACGAUACAACAGUGUCAAGUUUAUCGUAGUGGAUGAAGUGGACGCUUGUUUGCUGAAUAAUGCGGGUAGUUUGACUUCGAAUCUCGCCUCGUCGACGCUGCACGAACUCUUGUCGAAGUACCUCAGUCCCACCUACGACGACGGCAGCGCCAACGAAGCCGACGACAACGUUCUACGUAGUGUUAAGACUUCCACAAAAACUGCCACCAGUACCCGACCCUUGUCGUCCCAGCGACAAACCAUAUUCGCGUCGGCGACUAUUCCGCAGCACCGGCAUUUUUUGAAGCAGUGCGCACAGAAUCAGUGGACCCUACGUGAACCGACGCAUGUGUGUUUGCGACCGGGUGAACAAUUACUGCCGGCUACUUUGGAACACUCCUACGCCGUUUGCCGCUCAACUGACCAGAAACUAGCCACUCUUCGGAGGCUAGUCACUAAAAUCUACGCCAAAUCUGUUAUUGAGCCCCCCAAAAAGGUACUCGUUUUCUCCGAUGCACGGAGACCGUUGGAAGAAAUGGCUCAGAUACUAGCGAAUGAUAUCGAAGGUGGGAUGCUGUGGAAGGACGGGUACGGGAAGGAACAAGAAAGAGACGUCCGCGCCGUCGUGGCAGUCCUACGCUACGAAGAUAGCUUAUCGCAGCGGGCCGCCGCCAUCGAUUCCUUCCGCGGAGAUGGGUACACGAUGGCCAGUGGUGCUAGUCAAACCUACACCUCACGAGACAAUGAUUCUGACACUGCGCCUUCGCUGAGAGUACUGUUCAGUACCGACUUGGCUGCGCGUGGGUUAGACAUUGCAGAUAUUUCGCACGUGAUCCAUUUCGACCUACCACCCGAUGCUGACACGUACGUGCACCGUGCGGGGCGUACGGGACGUUUCGGGCGCUCAGGGCAAGUAUUAUGCAUUAUUUCACCGGACCAGGAGUUUGUCUUGACUAGAUUGACCAACAAAUUGAAUGUUGAUACUAAAUGCAUCGCUCGACAGCAGAAGAAGAAAAGAGUAGAAGGCACCUGAAUGCUCGGCAAUACCAAUAGAAUGUUGGAGGGAGCCUAUACCGCGUCCUGUACCGCGUUGGCAAUGAAAGGAAGGAACGAACGAACGAAGAACGAGAUACCAAAAGCUGCUGUCGUUCGGUGGCAAGCUAGAUCAAGGAAGGAAAUUCUUUCCAUAUCUAAAGGGGCUCCAAUUGACACUACUAACUGCUGGUGCGUCUACGCAAUUUGAAUUGCUGUU